CGAAUGACCUGUGACCUCAACACACUGUGGCAGCAGUUCAGACGAGGAGCACGAGAUGCCAGUCUGACUGCACAUGCCAUUCUGCUGGUGGAGGCCAGGUACUUUGAUGACGAGAAGGAGAAGGCGAUAGCACACGUGGAGGAGAAGGAUCGGAAGGGAAAGGAAAACAUUGCACCUGGUCAUAGCAACAGCAAGCGCAAAGCCAAUGAAUCUGCAUCAGGAAUGCAGCAUGUGAAGAGACCAUGA